GGAGAGGGGCCGGUCCUGCCCGCCUCUAUUUAAGGCGGCGGCCGUCGAGGGGCGGCUCCGAGAGAUGGCGGCUCCGCGCCGACCGAGCGGCGGGGGGCUGCGGCGGGCGCCGCAGGACGGGCGGCUGGAGGAGAUCAAUAAGGAAUUUCUCUGUGACCCAAAGUUCAGCGAUGAAGAAGAUCUGGAGGAGAAGUUGGCAGUGUUCAAAGAGAAGUACAUGGAGUUUGACCUGAACAACCAAGGCGAGAUUGACUUGAUGUCUGUCAAAAGAAUGAUGGAGAAGCUGGGGGCUCCAAAGACCCACCUCGAACUGAAGAAGAUGAUCUCGGAGGUGACCGGAGGGGUCAGCGAGACCAUCUCCUACCAGGACUUUGUCAACGUGAUGCUUGGGAAACGCUCUGCUGUGCUCAAACUGGUGAUGAUGUUUGAAGGAAAAGCCAACGAAGGCAACCCAAAACCUUCUGGUCCGCCUCCGGAGAGAGACAUAGCCAGCCUGCCUUGAAGAGGACAGGCUGGAUAACAGGCACUGUUUGCUUUGCUGGUCUGUAACAGAGGUUACCUGUGCUUUGUUACUCUUUACUACGGACAGUCCUAGUUUUUGACUAACCUGCCUUAGAGGAACAGCAAGGGAAGCUGGAGACCCCCAGUUUGUGUCUUUCUGCUGCAUCCCUUAGCAACGUGAUUUGUUAGACAGAAGCUGUAGCAUCAAGUAUAACGUGAGACCAAAAAAAACCAUAAUCCUGUGACCUUCCUCUUUCCUCUGCCCUUCCUGCAUUUCUCAGAUGAGGAGCUAACUUUCCUCCCAGUGUAGGGAUUCAGAGGUGUGCUUGUCCUGCCCUUGGCCUUGCAGCCAGACAUUGAGCAUCUCUCUGACAGCAGUUUCAUGGGUGCAAAGAACUAAGUGCCUUCUCGUCUCUGCCCUACACUUCCUGACUUUGGACUCGUUUUUCCCCUCCUGACCUCACCAAAACACAAGUCGGGCUCACACCUCUGUGGCUUAUCUGAUGCUAGGUGAAUGCUGGAAGGUGCAUGGACACAGAGGUGUGCCUGCAGGGCCUUUCACCUUGGAGGUGGGCACAGUGACUGCAGGGACAGCUUCUGCCCACUCCUUGGGUUCAUCCUGCAGUCAGAUCUUAGUGGGUCCACUUGCCACUGCAAGCGAGGAGGGUAAAAGCUACCGGAGGGUCCCCCUUCCUGAUAAAUCUCUGCUUGGAUCCAGUCAGGAGCAUAACCUCCCAGCAGGUUAUCUGUCCUAUCCAUCGAGUGCAGAAACAAGCCUGCUGUUCUGCCUUUGCAGCCCCUCAGGGAGGCCAAGGGGACAUUAAACCUUCAGGCGAAAGGAAGUUGGGUGACUGAGCUGUGAGGUCUGUCCUCAUGCACAUGCUCUGCCCCCCUGUGUGUCUUUCAGUAUGGUCCCCUG